AUGGCUUACAACGAAAAAUAUGGGAGCGGCAUCCCUCCGGUCCCACCCUCUCUUAAUACGGCAACCCCAUGGCAAAACGUCAACCUUCACAAUGAUCAACAGGACGAGCCCCAGCUAAAACCGCACUCCGAUACCGACCCCCAAAUCACUCCCUAUCUCGGCAUGCGAGCAAGACUGUCACAACUAUGGUUCAACCGGUGGACGAUUUUGUUGAUUUUGGUCCUGAUCCGGGUCAUCUUCCUCACAGGAAGCCUCAAGGAAAACCUCGGCGACGCCAAGGCCAAGGCACUCUCAGCAUGCACCAAGGUCGAAGACGUCGGCAGCGCCAUGGCCUCCAUGCCUCAUUACAUGUCCAAGGGCGUCAACGUGAUGGCCGCCGCCAGCAUGCAAAAGGCAGUUGAAGCAAUGGCAGCAGUCCUCAAGAUGAUCCUCACGGGCGUCCAGGCCAUCAUCAUGUUUGUGCUCAACAUGUACAUUGGCACCUUUGCCUGUCUGGUGGCAGCCUUCAUCCACGGCGGUCUGCACGUGGCUACCGCGGUGGUGGAGGGCGCAACCAAGGUAAUGAACGACGCCAUUGGGUCCAUCACCAAGGGUAUUGCCGACGAUAUGAAGGGCUUCCAAGAUAUGAUCAACACCGCAAAGCAAUACCUCAACACGGGCGUCGGCACUAUUUCAGGCCUUGGCGGCGGGGAUAAGGAAGCCAUCAAACUUCCAGACCUCAACAUUACCAGCCACCUCAGGGACCUCCAGGGAAUCAAGAUCAACGCCAACGGCGUCGUCGGUGGCCUGGAUGUCCUCGACAAAAAGAUCCCGACGUUUGACCAAGCCAAAAACCUGACCGAAUCCGCCCUCGCCAUCCCCUUCAACCUCGUCAAAGGCAAGAUCGACGAGGCCUUUUCCCAAUUCACAAUCCAGCCCACCAUCUUCCCCACCGCGGAGAAGCAAGCCUUGUCAUUCUGCUCCAACAACUCCUUCCUCAACGACUUCUUUGAGUCCCUGGUCACCAUCGUUCACAAAGCCAAGAUUGCCUUCUUCAUCGUCAUCAUCAUCCUCGCCCUGAUCGCCAUGGUCGUCAUGGGCUAUAUUGAAUAUUGCGGCUUCAAGCGCGAAAGGGUGCGGGCCGAGAAGAUCGACGACAACGCAUUCAGCUCCCAGGACGCCAUCUACAUAGCCUCGCGCCGCUGGACCGCCGACGGCGGCAUGAAACUUGCCAAAUGGUGGACUAAGGAUAAAGACAGCAAGAACUAUCUCUUGAUCAGAUGGGCCGUCGCGUACGCCACUUCCCUGCCUGCCCUCUUCGUGCUGUCCCUCGCCACCGCCGGUUUCUUCUCCUGCUUCUGCCAGUGGGUGCUCCUCCGGCAGAUCGAGCAAAAGGCGCCCGAGCUUGCCGCGCAGGUGGGCGAUUUCACCGGUGACGUGGUCGGAACUCUGAAGCAAGUGAGCACCGACUGGGCCAACAGUUCCAACGCGGUCGUCGCGAACAUGGAAACAGACAUCAACACCGAUCUCUUCGGCUGGGUGCGCGAGGCCACGGAAUCCGUCAAUAACACCCUCACCGUCCUCGACGACCAAAUCGACAACGCUUUGGUGACCGUCUUCAACAACACCGUCCUCCUCGACACCGCCCGUGACGUCGUCGGCUGCUUAAUCGGCCGCAAGAUCGACGCCGUCCAGGACGGCCUGACUUGGGUGCACGACCACGCCAAGGUCACACUCCCGCGGUUCGACGACGACAUCUUUUCCGCCGGAGCGGCGCAGAACAUGGGUAGCGAUGGCGACCUUUCCAGCUUCCUGGCCAAGCCCGGCGCAGUAACAACCGACGAGAUCAACGAGGCCGUGGGGAAGGUGAUCAAGUCGCUGCGCAACGGAAUGAUCCAAGAGGCUCUGAUCUCGCUCGGUCUCCUGUUGACGUACGUCAUCGUCGUCCUCAUCGGCGUCAUGGGCGCGUUGAUCGGUUGGGCAACACCCGACAAAACUCGCGGGGAAGGGGGGCAACAAUUCGGUUCCUCCCAUUCCUUUUCCGAUACCCACAACCACAACGGCUUCGAUCCCUCCCUAGCAGUGCCGCCAGCCAACGCCAUGGUCGGUAACCCUGCUAGCCCUCACUAUCAGAAUGAGAAGUACGGAGGAGGAGGAGGAGCAUACCCCGAACACGACAUGCACGACGUGGCGUCCCCCGCUUACGAGGAGGUGGUCUACGCCGGCCGCGUGCCGGUCGGGAAGACGAGGGAGCUGAUUACAAGGUAUCCGAGUCAUCAAAGGACGAGCAGUUAUCCGACUGUUGAGAGCCCGGGACCGAUGCCGAUGGGGGAUGAGAAGGUGCCGGGGUAUUUUACGCCUAUUUGA